GGCACACACUAGACAAACCGAUAUGCGCUUUUACGCACAAGCGAGGAUUGGGGAUUUUACGCACACAUGCACAGAGAGGAGGGCGCAUGACGCACGGCGCAAUUACAUGGACGAAUUUAGGGAGAGGUGUACGCGCGUAAAUACCGAGAGAGAGAGAGAGCGAGAGGAGAGAGAGAGAGAGAUUAAAGAGAGCAGAUAACAAUGUCAGGUUUGUGUCGGUGGAGACAUUAAAGGUUGGAGGCUCCGUUCACAGACGCAGAGAGAGGAAGAAGAAGCAGAAAGAAAAGAGGAAUUGUUGACAAAAUCUUUGGAAAAGCUCCUCCUCUGCGAGACGGAACCUCCUUAAUUACUAAUUUCUCUACAUCCAAGCCUCUCUCUCUCUCUCUCUCUCUCUCUCUCUCUCUCUCUCUCUCUCUCUCUCUCUCUCUCUCUCUCUCUCUCUCUACUCCUCCGUCCAUGCAUCUCUCAUCCUGACCCUCCUUUCUCUCUCUCCUCUCUCUGUCUCUCUUUUCGUUUCCAGUCUGGAUAACGGAGGUGGACUAGCUUGGACUUCUUGUUGUUAUUAUUUUUUUUAUUAUCAUUAUUAUUAUUAUUUAUUCCUCGUUGUUUUUGGGAGACAGACCCGCCACCGGGCAUGAUGGAGGAUGUAAAAGACCCGCCGAUCGUUCACCGGUCCUCCUCCUUCAGUAUCAAGAGCCUCCUGCUGCCCUCAAAGUGCGACAGACCGGAUUCCGUGGCCGCUGCAGCCGCCGCUGCCGCCGCGGUUGUCGGCAUCCCGGGGACCUUCUCUCCCUCCCCGGGCUCCGACUCUGAGAAGUCGCUGGAUCCAGCGGAGGUGGACUCCACGGCUGCGGCUCUGGACCCAGAGAAACCGGGGGAAGAGGAGGAGGAGGGCGGAGAGGUAGAAGGCGAAGGAGAUGGAGGGGACGGCGCCAAUAAGGCUGCGCCGGAGCAGAAAGCCAACAGCGCGAAAAACGGGAAAUACGACAAGCCUCCUUUCAGCUACAACGCUCUCAUCAUGAUGGCCAUCCGGCAGAGCCCCGAGAAGAGGCUCACGCUCAACGGCAUCUACGAGUUCAUCAUGAAAAACUUCCCGUACUACCGGGAGCACAAGCAGGGCUGGCAGAACUCCAUCCGGCACAACCUGAGCCUCAAUAAGUGCUUCGUGAAGGUUCCCCGGCACUACGACGACCCGGGGAAGGGCAACUACUGGAUGCUGGACCCGAGCAGCGAUGAUGUUUUCAUCGGGGGGACGACGGGGAAGCUGCGCAGGCGCUCCGCCACCUCCAGGGGCAAACUGGCGAUGAAACGCGGGCUGCGCUUCGCUCCGCUCGGCCUGGGGAUUAACGAGCGGGCGAACAACCCGCUCUACUGGCAGAUCUCACCCUUCCUCUCCCUGCACCACCACCACCAUCAUCACCCGCACUACAACGGAUCCUCGCCCGGGUUUUUGAACCAGGCAGCCGGGUACGGGUCGCUGCUGCCGGCGGUGGAGCAGCUGAGCAACGGGGAGCUGGGGCGCUCCAUCCUCGGCGGCUCGUUGUCGAACAGUUACGGGAUGAGUGGGUCGCCGGUCGGGCUGCUCUCCGGACAGACAGCCGGGUAUUUUGUCUCAGGGAACCAGCAUGCAGGAGCGCAGGGGCCGCCGGGAGGAGGACCGCCGCCGCCACAUCUCCAGCAGAGCGCGCAGGGUUUCGGCAGCCUCGCGGCCAGCAGCUCCCCGCAGAGCCUGCUGUCGGACUCCCUCAGAAACAGCUCCCUACCGGCCUUCUCCCCGGGCGUGUCCGCGGGCUUCCCCGGGGUGCUGUCCCAUCAAAAGAGGGUGACUCCAAACGCUUUCCUAAACUGAACUCUGCACCCUCAUCACCAUCACCUUUUUUUUUUUUUUUUUUUACCGCGCAUGGCACCGGGACGCGGACGCACAAAGACGUCAUGUUAAAGGGGCAAAUAAUAAGUGGUAAAUAUCAAAACAUUGAUUGCAAAAAAUAUAUAUAUAUAUGAAGUGAAACUUUUUGGCCAUAUUCUGCCCCACCCGAAGAGCAAGGGGGUUUAUUUUGAUUUCAUUUUCACUUUUGGUUUAAACAAAAAAAAUAACAAAGGGACUAACUUUUGGUUACCGGCGGGUUGUACAACUGUAUAAACUAGACUUGCCAAAGGUAACUCUAAGUAUAUUUCAAGCUAUUUAUAUCUUGUACAAAUAUUUUCAGUACUUUUCUUUCUUGAGUCUUUAAUUUAUGUUUUGUAUUUAUUGUAAAAUGUAUUUAAAUUCUAUUUGUCAGUGUAAGCUUAUCAGUAUUGAGGAAAAGGGGGGAGGGAGUGGGGAAUAAGACAAACAGGGUUAAUUAUUAUUAUUAUUAUUAUUUAUGAAUUUUUUUGAGACAAUCAAGGACAAAAAAAGACAAUCAAAACUUUUCCUUUUCUCUCUUUUUUUUUGGGAGGAAAAGGAAAUAAUGAAUAAAUAAAGCCUUAAAAUUUAGAAACAAUCAGGGGUUUGAGAGGAAGAAUAAGCCUAUAAAUCAUAUCUCUACUCAGGUUUGACCCCGGACAGCCCGAAUAAUAAUAAUAAUGAAAGCGUGAACGACAAUAAUUUAAAAAAAAAAAAAAAAAACUGCUCUGCGCGAAGAGUUUCCUUCCAAAAAUAAUGAUAUCCAAAACGUGUCAGCGCUGUAGUAAAGCUAUAAUAAUAUCCUCACUGCUGCCUUCAAACUGCUUCCAAAUGUCUUGAACUGCCCCUUUAAAUCCAAAUAAAUAAAUACAUAAAACGGAUAGAAAUGCUUUUUGGAAAAGAACUCUUCUUAUGUAGCCUACAAUUAUGCAAAACAACACGUUUUUGUACGUUUUUUUUUUGGUUUUGUUCAAAAGCCCAGAUUGUCGUCUUCACAUCAAUUGAUUUCGGUUUUGAAUGUGUGUGUAUGUGUGUGUGUGUGUGUGUGUGUGUGUGUGUGUGUGUGUGUGUGUGUGUGUGUGUGUGUGUGUGUGUGUGUGCGUAAAAACUCCUGCGCAUGUGCGCUAAAAGCAGUCGUAAAAACUACCAAGCCUAAU